AUUAACAAACAGUUUGAAUAACAAUGAAUUCAAAACUAAUUUGUUUUAAUAACUAUUUAACUAAUAAUUUUUUACUAAAUCAAUUUAAUUAAUUUAAAAUUAAAAUAAAUACAUUUAUAUAAAAUAUUUAUAAUUCAUAAAAUAAAAUAAAAUUAAAAUAUAAUAUAAUUCAUAAUAUAUUUAUAAUUAUUGAUUUAUCCUGAAUUCUUUUCUUGCAGCAAAAAUUUGUUUUCGUAUGUUAGAAACCCAUUUGAAAUCAGAAUAUCCUCUCCCUUAAUUAAACAAAGAAUAACUUGCCUUUUUCAUUUUACCAAUAUUAUGAAAAGCAUAAUUCUAAGAGUGUCUUGUUCAUUUAAAAGAAGAAUAACUUGUUAUAGUGAUGUUAUAUCAUAUUGUGUAUAUAUACAUGGAAAGUUCCCAUCAUUAUGUGAAACCAAAACAAAAAAACAUUAUAAAAACAUUAUAAGAAGCUUAUAUUUAUCUUUUCAAUUGAAAUACUCAAAAAAUAUUAUUCACUAUACUCAACACGCGGUCACAAAUGUGAUGGCUGCAAUCUUGGUGAAGACUGCUACAGUGAUGGCUAUCGUUGCAUUCGUUCUGGACUAUUCUUUCACACGGAGUGCGCUACAUCUAAUCAAGAUGUUUGCAACGCCUAUCAUCCACAACAUAUGUUAAAAAUCAAGGUAGUUUCAAACUUCGAAGAUGUCCAUGGUGAAUGCAAGAUUUGUAAAGGUAAGUUGCCAAAAAUGUAUUAUUAUUGUUCAAUAUGUGAUUUUGCAAUCGAUUUGAUAUGUGCAAGAAAAGAAGUUGUCAAAAAUAUUGAUGUUCCAAAUACACACAAGCAUCGUUUAUCCCUUGUUCCAAAGAUGAUUAUGUUUUCAUGUCAUAUAUGUCAACUAGUUGAUGAUCGGUUCCCUUAUGCAUGCGAUAUAUGUGGUUUGAAUUUCCAUAAAGAUUGUGCUGAAUCUACACCAGAACUCAGCUACUCAUGUCAUCCUAAACAUCCUCUCAAGCGUCUCACUCGUGUUCCAAGUUACACCAAUGGAAAAUGUUGCUUGUGCAAAAGCAAGCUUCAUAUUCUGUUUUAUCAUUGUUCUAUUUGCAAUUUCAGCGUGGAUGUCGAAUGUGCAAAGAAUCCACCUCCUUUAGCUCUUGACCACCCCAAAGCGCAUGAACAUCAACUCACUCUUUUGCCGCAACGAAUUUUUGUUUGUAAUGCUUGUGGAAUGGAUGAUGAUCCAAAUCCUUAUAUAUGUCUUCAGUGCAAUUUCAUGGUCCAUAGGAAUUGUAUAGACAUACCACAUAUUAUAAAAAUUAGUCGUCAUGUUCAUCGUAUAUCCUAUAAUGAUUGCCUCGAGGCCGGUGAUUGGAAAUGUGAAGUCUGUAUGAAAGAGAUAAAUUGGACAUGUGGAGCUUAUUCUUGCUCAAAAUGUCCUGAUUUUGCAAUUCAUGUGAGAUGUGCCACAAGGUUUGGGAUCUGGGAUGGUAUUGAACUUGAAAGCAUAUUAGAAGAUACCACAAACUCUAAAGCAUAUGAAGUGAUCGAAGAAGGAGUAAUAAAGCAUUUCAUUCAUAAGAAUCAUACAUUAAAGCUCAAAAAAGGGAGUGAUGCUAACGGUAAAAGUAGGCGUUGUACAAUAUGCGCAUAUCCCAUAUUUUCUACUCUAUUCUAUGAUUGCACGGUUUCAUGUACAUAAGUGAUAAUGGUAUUAUCAACCUUGAUGUGCGAUGUGGUUCUAUAUCUGAGCCCUUUGUCCAUGAAGGUCAUCCUCAUCAUUCGUUAUACAUCAAUUACUCAACAAAAGACAAAUUAUGCAAUGCUUGUGGAGAUAAGGCAUGUAUGGUUUUCAGUUGUGAGGAAUGCAAAUUUGUUUUAGACGUCAAAUGUUCUAUUUUGCC